GAGAGCCUCGAAAAGAAGGCCGGGGGGAAGGAGGCGGAAGUGACGUCACUGUCCCUCGACGGCAUUUCCGGUGGGAAGAAGCAGUGAGGGGAAACGGAGUGCGGAGCGAGCGAUGAUCAAAGAAACCAUGGCUGCAGAUUGGCUUGGAAGCAUUGUCUCCAUCAACUGCGGAGAGAGCCUGGGAGUCUAUCAGGGAAAGGUGUCUGCUGUGGACCAGGUCAGCCAGACCAUCUCCUUAACGCGGCCUUUUCACAACGGGGUCAAGUGUUUGGUGCCGGAGGUCACCUUCAGGGCAGGUGAUAUUACUGAACUGAAGAUCUUGGAGAUUCCAGGCCCUGGGGAUAAUGGACAAUGUGGAGACUUUCAGCACAAUGACCUUGGUAUUUCAAGUAUCGGAUGCCAAGGGGGUACUAGCCAGAAUGGCACAGGGAAAUUGCUGAAAAAGCCUAGCAGUGCCCCACAGAACAUCCCCAGGAGAACAGACAUGAAAAGCCAGGAUGUUGCCAUUUCCCCCCAGCAGCACCAAUGUUCCAAGAGCUACAUGGAUCGGCAUAUGGAAUCCUUGAGUCAGUCCAAAGGCUUCCGUCGGAGGCAUAACUCAUGGUCCUCCAGUAGCCGUCAUCCAAACCAGGUGACUCCAAAGAAGAGUGGUGUGAAGAAUGGGCAGAUGAAGAACAAAGACGACGAAUGCUUUGGGGAUGACAUUGAAGAAAUUCCAGAUACAGAUUUUGAUUUUGAAGGGAAUCUGGCCCUCUUUGACAAAGCUGCUGUGUUUGAGGAGAUUGAAACCUACGAGAGGAAAAGUGGAACGCGCUCAAGAGGCACUCCGAAUGAGAGAUCUGUCCGCUAUCGCCAUGAUGAGAAUAUUUUGGAAUCUGAGCCCAUUGUAUACCGAAGAAUCACUGUGCCUCAGGCAAGCAAAGAAUUCUGCACUGACUCUGGGCUGGUUGUUCCAAGUAUCUCUUAUGAGCUCCACAAGAAACUUCUUUCAGUGGCUGAGAAACAUGGGCUAACUCUGGAACGGAGAUUGGAAAUGACGGGAGUCUGUGCCAGCCAGAUGGCCCUGAGUCUGCUUGGAGGACCCAACAGGCUGAACCCCAAAAACAUUCACCAGCGACCCACAGUUGCCUUGCUUUGCGGGCCCCAUGUCAAAGGGGCCCAGGGAAUCAGUUGCGGCCGGCAUCUUUCCAAUCAUGAUGUACAUGUCAUUCUUUUCCUUCCCAACUUUGUCAAGAUGCUGGAAUCGAUUACCAACGAACUAACGCUUUUCAGCAAGACCCAGGGCCAGCAAGUCUCCAGUGUCAAAGAUCUUCCAGACACGCCGGUUGACCUGGUGAUAAACUGCUUGGAUUGCCAUGAAAAUGCCUUUCUGAGGGACCAGCCUUGGUACAAGGCUGCUGUGGACUGGGCCAACCAGAACAGAGCCCCCGUUCUCAGCCUAGACCCGCCUGUGAGCGAUGGGGAACAAGGAAUCGAUGCCAAAUGGUCCCUGGCCUUGGGGCUCCCACUGGCCCUGGGUGAUAGGGCUGGGCGGGUGUACCUAUGCGACAUUGGCAUUCCACAGAAAGUCUUCCAGGAGGUGGGAAUAAACUACCACUCGCCUUUUGGCUGCAAGUUCGUCAUCCCUCUGCACUCGACUUAAAGUGGAGUUGGGGGGGAACCCUUCUGGCCUCUGGACCCCCUGAAGAGGAAGACAGAGCAGAAUUGCCUCAGACCAUAUGACGGAUCCUGACCAUAUUAAACUGUUUUUGACGCCUUAAAGAUGCAAACGUUCUGGCCUGAGUUUCUUCCCGAAGAAACGUCAGUAUUAAAGAGAACCGGGAGGGCUUGUGUUCAGCCAAGCCUUGGAUGCGCCUGUGCCAUUCAUCGCAUGAAGGAGCAUCAGAGGGCCAGUGUCUUGAGCCAGCUGUGGUAGUUGGUGGUGGGAGAGGAGGGUGAGAUGUUUUUGCAGACACACACAAGUAUCCCUGCCCGGUCAGAUGUGUACCAGACAAUGUGAUUCCUUUUUUUCUUUUUUAAUUUCAUGGGGGGGGGUUUUGUUUGUUUUAGACUGUAUGGUUUUCAGGACUGGAAGGGGAAAAGGGUUUCUGAGGUCCCCUUUUCCUUGAUGAUCACAUGGGAACAACUGCUGUGUUCCCCUCUUGUGCAGCUGUAGCCUCAUUUUUCUCUUUAGUCCUCAAGCUUCUUGGGACUUUGGGCAGCUCUGUUUUGGAAAAGGCUUUGCUGGCCUGUUUUUCCUGCCAUCAGCUUGGCAUUCCUGAGGCAGCACUUAUGUUCUUGACCCACUGGUAGCUCAAUGUUGGCUUCCUUUUAGGUCAGAGGAGGGAAUGGUAGCUUAGGGGAUAAUAAAAGGGUGUAAUAAAACUGAGGAAGAAAACUACAGUAGACUUAAAUAUGCUGAUACUUUCGUUCCUCCACAAGUCAGGUCCUGCCCUCUUAUGGUAAGAGUCCACAUUGCUGAUGAUCUGCUUUUUUAAAAAAGAAAAUCUUAAUAUGUGGGCUGUGAAUGAGAAAGAAGGGAAAGCAUAUUAAGGCUAUGCAGUUCUCAUUGGGAACAUUUGGAAGCAUAUUAAGGCUGUGCAGUUGUCAUUGGACAUGGAAGCCACAGGGGAAAUUUCACAUUGAUAGGCACAAUGUUCCAUUCCUUCCUUGAUUUGUCUGCAACAAGCACAUAGCUUUACUCAAGUGAGGCAGUGAAACAGAUGUGACAUCCUCUAACUAGACACUGCUCCCAGGGAACAGAAGUAGUGAAACAUUCAAAAGGCCCUGUGUAAACCAUGGUUGUAGCAAACUCGUUUCUGUAUGUGCCAUCCCACUGAGACCUCUUGUGCUUCAGGCCUGAGCUUAUAUAACAACUCAUCAGUUGUCAUGUCUCAACUGCUGCCGCCUCCUUCCAUAAGUAACCUUUUUUCAUGGGGAAGGAUGCUGGUUUUGUGUCGCUCUUGGGGAACCAGCCUGUUGCUGUAGGUGGCUUUGUUGUUAAUCUUUGACUGAUGCCAGCAGAACUCUUCCUUUUCUUUUUGUAGUUGGGCACUGUCCAGACUAUCAGGGGUGCAAUGCAUUGUUGAAGUGGCAAGCUUGAAAACCUGCUAGCUCUGAGAAAUCAACCGCAUUUGACCUUCCAUGUCUCUAAAGGUGCCAUGCAGAACUCUUUCCAAUAGUCACAAUCAUUAAACGGUGCAGUAAAAUAGUUUUGCUUGUGAGCUGUUUUCCUUUCUGGUCCAGAGAAGCUACUAGUCUUGUUAGGGAGAUGAGCCUGUGGGUGUGUGCCAAUAAUGGGUACAUUUGUGGAGUUGGGAAUGAGAAACUGGCCUUCCACCAAGGCCAGUAAAGAUUUGUUGACUGUUGAUCAUACACCAAGAUUCUUCUGCUAGAAACACAUUAAAGUUGACCUUCCUAGAUUUGAUUAAUGUUCUCUCUAGGAAUCUCUAUGUCCUCCAGUGCAGCUCUACAGGACCUAAAGAUUCAUAUAGAAAACAACUCUAUAUGCAUUUGUAGGUCCCCCAGUUCUGCCAGAUGUUGGACAUAGAGUUGUGCUGGAGAUCCUAGAGAUUUCUAGAGGUGUUCUUAGGUAAAAAAGAUAAUGAUUUGGAGUCCCCCCCCCACAGGGGUCCUGCACCCCUAAGCCCACUGGACAUUGCAAGUGGGCAAAUUGCAAUGUGCCAUGAGGCCCAUUAUUCAUUUUUCUCUGAAGCCACCAUAACAUCAUCUAGGGUCCAUGUGGUGCAAUUCUGCCUAUUUAAGCUGUGUGUGUGUGCUGUGACUUCAGGUCAGUUCCUGGUUGGACAAAAGGCCUCUCCUAGGGCAUCCCUAUACCUGGUGAAAUUGGCCUCUUCCCCAUAGCCAGCAAAGAACAAGGGCAGUUUUUUUAGUCAAAACAUUUAUAUAUUUUUAAGAUGGGGAGGUGUAGUCCUCAAAGCAUUUGUAACUUGGUUUUGCAAAUAUCAAGGAGACAACAGAACAAGCAUGUGCCCAUGAGGAUGCAACAAUUAAAGUGAAGCAAGAAAAUGACUGAAACAGUUGCUUUCAAAAGGCCACAUCCAACAGAUUCUACUCCUUUCUCCACUUCAUGUUUUCUGUUUGUUUUGCAAAGGAAAGGGACUGAUAACAAAGGAAGGCAAGAAACUACUUUGGAAACUCCCAAUGCAGAUUUGUGGCAAGAUAUAAAACCACGGUUUUAUUGUUAAACAGGAAAAAAUCAGUAGAGUAGGGGAGCAAAAAUAGCUGGACACAGUCAUACAAGUAAAUUAUCAAACAAUAUGAAACACUUUAUUUCAACUUUACAACAUAUAAAUAUAUGAGACAAAUCUGUGCUUUUGGAUUGCUCUCUCCUCCCCUCCCAUGCCCAGGGUCCACCUUGACACUGCACUGCCACCUUCAAAUGCUGCGCUACAGAAGGGUCUCUGGAGUCUCCACAAUAAAGGUCAGGCCAAUUUCUGAGUAUGUACAUAUCCUGCAGCAAUCUCCACUCCUCUCCAGCUGUCAUCUGCUCAGGUCCCUGCUUGAAUCUCGGCAACUCAGCCGCCUCUCCUCUGGAGACAAGCCAGCAAAGAAUGGGUGGAGCAGAGCUUCAGCAAACGUGAUCCUCUGGGCGGGAUCGAACUCCAGCAUUUGUCUCAUCAGAUGAAAUAGCUGCAUGUGCUCAGAAGAAUCCUGCAAUAGGUAUGUCUGCAGAGAGAGGAAAAAAUCAGACACAAGUUUGGUAUUGCCCUGGGAUACUGAAGAGCUAUCAACUUUAAACAUCUCUUUGACACUUCAUAACUAUAACUGCCAUAAGUCCAAUUUAUAGAAUCUUGGUAUUUUGAGGAAUUAGGAAUUCUCUACUAUAAAACCAGGAUUUCAUAACAUAGAGCUCUGGCAAUUAAAGUGCUAUUAAAGUCUUGUAAUUGCGCAGUGUGGAAGAGACCUGGUGACUGGUUCUUACCUGAAGUGGUUUGCAAUUUUCUUGGACAUAUCUCCCAUCAGAGGUGUUCUCAUCCCACACCAGGCUUCCUUUAUGAAAAUACUUCUGUUUCCUAAAUACAGACACAAAAGACUGUUCAGCAAGAUAAGAUGCAUGCAACAGGCUGUGUUCACCAUCAAGAAUUGAAUCAAAAUUGGGGCGCCCAUUUCCCAAGUACUUCAAUUAAUCUAACAUAAAAUGCUUUGAAAACAUUCAGCGCACUGACACGGUGCCUGUCAUGAGACUAUCAACAGGGCUCUACUGCCUGCUAUGAAUGCUGCUCUCCCCAAGAAAUCUUUUGAAAUCAUAUAUAGUGCAUUAAGAACAAUUCCAGAGCAUUAAGCAUCUGGAAUAAGUAUUAAGUUGCCAACAAAUCUCCUAUGUGUAAUCUAUUUGCCCAAAAUGUGUGUAAUUAAUCUGUGGUUAGCCUAUUCACACUCUUCCAAAGAGGUCAAACCAUAUCCAUACCGUGUUUUGCGGACCAUAUGUUGUGGGAUUGGGCCAAGGAUUUUCUCCAUCAUCACAAGAUGUUCUCUAUUUUCGUGAGUCUG